AUGGCUCCUUAUAUCAUGAGCAAGAAGAGUACUGGCGAAAGAAAGCAGACGAAGGAAGUGACGAGGGAGUUCCGGUAUUUGUCCGCUGUUGUAUUCAUUGACAAGAUGGGAAGGUUCGCGAUUCAAUUGAUGGGGUUCUUCUUCAUAACAGUGUUCAUGUUUGCACCUUACCAUCACUGGACUCUACCAGACAACCGAAUUGGCUUCAUUGUGAUCCCCGAUGUGGCGAAGAAGAUUAGAAGAUUUGCUUGGAAUGAGAUUUCGAAUUUUGUUGAUCCUUGUUUUAUUUUGAGUAUGGUGGGAGCACUGCCUCUUCCGGCUCCUUCCGACCCAUCAAGCUCAUCCUCGUGGACGGAGGAUUCAUUCGAGAAUCGGGAUCUCCAGAUCCGGGAGAUGAAACAUCAGGCUUAUUCUCUUUUUCGCGAAGUGCUUUCUGAGCAUCCUUCCUUGGCCGAAAAGGCCUACUACAAUCCUAAAGAAGCCUUUAUCGACUUCUUUAGGGAGAAGCGGGACGAGCUGGAUACCCACCUAGAGUGGAGCCCGGCGGAAAGAGACAGGAGAGAAAUAGUAUUUUUGGAUAGUAUUUCCCAAGAUCUCAGAGGGCAAGGCCCCUACUCUCUAUAUAUGAAAAAAAUUCUUGGGCUAGAAUAA